AUGCCUUAUCUUGACCAGUACAGCCCCUUGUACUCGUACGCUGGUGGCAGCACGCGCGCAGGCGUCGGGGGCUUAAGAGCAGCUGAACACCUCGGAAGAGCCCUCGCAGAAGUCGACGGCCUUUUUGCUGGCUUCACGCACCUCGAUGAAACAGAACCUGAAUCGAGAGCAAGUCGUUCAAGUCACCGUCAAGAUGAUCUUGCGCUUGAGCUGGACUCAUUGUGCAAUACCGCUCCUCCCACCAACGGUACCCCAGACUCACAGCCUGAUUCCACCGACCCCAGAAAUCAGGCUCGGGAAAAUGCGUGGGCGUCCAUCCGAACUGUUCGCGAGGGAAUGCAAAUUCUUUGGGAACACUUCGUCGACGUUUCCUGCGAUGUCAACCUCCCAACUAUCAACAAUAUUCGCGCCGAGUACCACGACUCCAAAGGACUUCGCCAGGCGGGAGUCUUUGCUUUUCGCAAUACAUUAACCGGACCAGCCCCAAAUGACCUCGCCAAAAUAUUUGCCUUUUGCAGCUUAUCGUACGUCGUGUCCCGGCUUCUUUGCUCGAGAGGGCGGUUGGCAGAAGGCGACAUCCUCGCCGGUAUCCGCCUGUGGCUCAAUGCCCUCAAGAAUGAAGACGAGCGAAAAGCCUUCGAGGUUCUUGCAGAAAGGCUUUGGCCUGAAGCCCGAAACCACCUCCAUUUCAUUGACUUAAACAUGGGAGAGCAGUCGCGCAAGCUAGUGACCUCUUUGCGACGAGCCGAGACGCCAUUUUCGGCCCCGUCAACCCAGACAUACCCAGCCUUACCACUUGCAAGCCUUGGGCCUCAGACACAGCCGAUGUAUGAGCAACAGGCACCGGCGUAUUCCUACGAGUUGGGAAACUCCCAUGAACUGGCCAUUGCACCAGAUCUUGGGACGAUAGACCCCGUACUUUUGAACAUACUCGCAGUGGACAUUUCGCCAGCCUACGUCUACAAUCUGACCGAUCGGACAUAUGACGGGCUCGAUUUCUCUUUCGCACUCCCUGAGACGCGUUUUCUUGUUCCUGAACCACAGAAAAAUCUCUGGCAUGGGUUUGACCCAGGCCCAGUACAACCCCCUCACCUCAACGCCAAUGCAAUGGGGGGCAUCACGACUUGGAAUGCGAUACCGCCUCCCAGCUCUGGCAGUCCAGCCCCCAGCGCCUCGAGCCACGAAUCGCACAGUCAAUCCUUAUCGAGUACGCGGACAACCGAAGACAUUUUGGCAUCACUCCAGGGUACUUCUGUAUUCACAGCUGUGCUGGAGUCCGUACGAGAGCACGGAGCCUUCUGGUUCAAGCUCGCAGGCUGCGGACUGGUAUCGAAAGACCUCCGUUCAUGUCUCGCCUGGAGUCAAGAGCGUUCAAGAAAAAGAAAGCAGAUAGAUACCAGUUAUAUACAGCCCUUAUCGUCAGAGAAGCACACGAGAGACUUGCCGGCUCGUGGAAUCGUCUCUGUCGUGGAAGCAUUCUUCGAUCAGGGCUUGUUACAAAGCAUCGAGGACAUCAAAAGCUACAUGGAGCGUGUCGCUGGCCUGUUGUUCAGCGAUCGGGUCGCUUGCCAGGAGUUCCGCGACUGGGUCCACGGCGUUCAGGGAAGUCCGCAAGCUUCCUUGUCCACUCCCAAGGCCACGACCAAGUUAACCUUCCAGCUAGAAGAGCGAGAAGAGGAGAAGAGGAGAAGAGCUAGAAAUGUUAUUGUCUUGAAAAGUAACCCCAGGAUUGUGCAACAAGGACUUCGGAGAGUUGCAAAUUGA